AGCUCUGGCAGGGCGAGCGGCGCGCGUCAGCAGACACAUGGAGAGUUUGUGCUGAAGAAGAGCCCGGAGAGUGGACUGGGGGGGCAGAGAGCACCUCCCUGCAGGUGCGACUGGUUCAAACUACGACUUGGACUCGGUGAGGACAGUUGUUGUGUUUUGUUGAAUUUGGAAGCAUGCGGAUGUGUUGGAGCGCGCUGCUGCUGUGCGUCCUGGCGGCGGCUGCAGGCAGGACGGUGAAGUACGAGACGUUCGAGGAGGACGCGCCGGGGACGGUGAUCGGAACCUUGUCCAGGGACAUGUCCCCCGCUGCGUCCUUCUCCAGGAACAGUUUCAGGAUGAUGAAGCAGUUCAACUCGUCCUUCAUCCGUCUGCGGGAGAGCGACGGGCAGCUGAGCGUGGGGGAGCGCAUGGACCGGGAGCGGCUCUGCCGGCGCUCCCCCCACUGCCUCAUCGCCUUCGACGUGGUCAGCUUCUCCAAGGAGCACUUCAAGCUCGUGCACGUGGAGGUGGAGGUCAAGGACAUCAAUGACAACUCCCCGGAGUUCCCGCGUCGGGAGUCCAGUCUAGAGAUCUCGGAGAACACGGCGGUGGGCACGCGCAUCCCGCUGGACUUCGCCGUGGACGAGGACGUGGGUGUGAACUACAUCCAGAGUUACCAGAUCUCCGUGAACAGCCACUUCUCCAUCGACGUGCUCAGCAGGGCGGACGGGGUGAAAUACGCGGAGCUCGUGCUCAUGAAGGAGCUGGACCGCGAGACGCAGGGCUCGUACGCGCUGGAGCUCGUGGCCAUGGACGGCGGGAACCCGUCCCGCAGCGGGACGACCCGCAUCGACGUCAAGGUGAAGGACUACAACGACAACAGCCCCGUGUUCGACCGGAGCAGCGUGACCGUGGACCUGCCCGAGGACGCGCCGGCGGGCUCGCUCCUGCUGGACCUGAACGCCGAGGACCCGGACGAGGGUCUGAACGGCGAGGUGGUCUACGGGUUCGGGAACCAGGUGCCCCCCGAGAUCAGACACCUGUUCAGGGUGGACAGGAAGAGCGGGCGGCUCACCCUGGAGAGCCCCGUGGACUUUGAGACUAAGAACACGUACGAGUUCGAUGUCCAGGCCACCGACCUGGGUCCGAACCCGAGCCCGGCCAUCUGUAAGAUCGUGGUGCAGGUGCAGGACGUGAACGACAACGCGCCGGAGAUCUCCAUCACCCCCAUGACCUCCAUCACGGCCGGGAUCGCGUACAUCACGGAGGCCGCGGCCCGGGAGAGCUUCGUGGCCCUGGUCAGUACCUCGGACCGGGACUCGGGGGCCAACGGGCAGGUCCACUGCACCCUGUACGGACACGACCACUUCCGGCUGCAGCAGGCCUACGAGGACAGCUUCAUGAUCGUCAGCACCAGCCCUCUGGACCGGGAGAAGAUCCCCGAGUACAACCUGACGGUGGUGGCGGAGGACCUGGGCUCGCCCCCGUUCAGGACCAUCACCCAGUACACCAUCAGGCUCACGGAUGAGAACGACAACGCGCCGGUCUUCAGUAAGCCGGUGUACGAGGUGGCGGUGGUGGAGAACAACGCGCCCGGGGCCUACAUCACCACGGUGGUGGCGCGGGAUCUGGACCUGGGCUCCAACGGGAAGGUCUCCUACAAACUGGCGGACACGCACCUCAUGGGCUCCCCCGUGUCCACCUUCGUGUCUCUGGACCCGGCCAGCGGGUCCGUGUACGCGCUCAGGAGCUUCAACUUCGAGGUGAUGAAGCAGCUGGAGCUCCGGGUCACGGCCAGCGACGGCGGCGCGCCCCCCCUCACCGGCAGCACCAACGUGUUCGUGCGUGUCGUGGACCAGAACGACAACGCGCCGGUCAUCACCCACCCCGCUCUGCACAACGGCUCCGCGGAGGUCCUCCUGCCCCGGGACGCCCCCACGGGGUACGUGGUCACCCGGGUGGAGGCGCGUGACGCGGACGAGGGCGUGAACUCGGAGCUGGUGUUCGGGCUGGCCACCGGGGAGCCCUCGGUGUUCUCCGUGAACCGGGUCACGGGGGACAUCUACCUGAACCAGGUGCUGAGCCACGACGUGGACGAGACCCUGAGUGUCACGGUCACGGUGAGUGACACGGGGCGGCCCGCGCUCACCUCCACGGCCACCCUUCACUUCCUCAUCAUCGCGGGCCCCCCUCCGAGCGACAGGACAGUGUACCGGCCGGAGAGCGGGGAUGGGGCGCAUGCGCAGUGGGACCUGUCCGUGGUGAUCAUCGUGGUGCUCGCGGGCAGCUGCACGCUCCUGCUGCUCGCCAUCAUCCUCAUCGCCACCACCUGCAGCCGGCGGGGGCGCGACAAGAGCGGGGGGGACAGCGACUCGUACGGCGGGGACAAGGGCGCGCUGGAGGGGGGCCGCGCGGGGGACAACCCGCUGCUGCCGCUCCACGGGCCCGCGCGGGGGGAGCCCUUUGACGCACACUCCUAUAGCAGCCAGCCUGGGGGCUUCACCCCGGCCCACCCGGGGGGCAGCGACCUGUGCUCCGCCUCAGAGGACGGCAGCGAGGUGCCGUGCGUGUACGAGGCCGACAGCAGCAACAAGCUCGGAGGGAACAAACAUGAGGGUUACUCCACCCUGCCUGGAUAUGGCAGUGGGAAGGAAGCGGUGCGGCCCAUCACCAUCUGGAAGGGCAACUCCUACACCACCAUCUCCGCCCGGGACCCCGCCUUCAGCGGCAAGGACAGCGGUAAGGGGGACAGCGACUUCAAUGACAGCGACAGUGACGUCAGCGGGGAUGCCGGCAUGAAGAAGGAUGGAGCUGCGGUUCCUCCCAUGGGGGGUCAAAAUGCUCUGUGGGCCUGCACCAGCGAGUGUAAAGUCCUGGGUCACUCCGACCGAUGCUGGAGUCCCUCAGCCACCAGAGCCAAUGCAACCCCCUCCCCAGCCCCCACCAUGUCUUCCUUCAGCACACUGCCCAAAACGGCCUCACUGCCCCGGGACCCCCACCGCAGGGAGAACUUCUACCAGGCCCACAUCCCCAAAACGGUGGGGCUGCAGAGCGUGUACGAGAAGGUGCUGCAUAGGGAGUACGACUACGUCCUGGUCACCCCGCCCAGGCCCGUGAGGGUGCAGGAGAUCAGCGAUGUGGCCAUCCCCGUUUACACCCCCACCCCGACACACUGCCCUAAGAACGACGUGUGAAAGAACAUGCAAACAACACAUUGAGCCACGAGCACACGGACUGACCUGAGGGUCACAUGGGACUGUCCUCCAGCUGCACAGAGCUGUGCGCAGCUCUGACACGCGGGUAUGCGCUCAAUAUAAACAACGUGCACAACAAACGUGAGCAUCACUUCAUCAGAACUCAUGAGUUUAUCCACCACAGACGGAGCCGUGGUUCAUCUUUAUCUGUCACUCACUGGUUUACAAACCAUUUGUUGUUUAUUUUAUUUUUCACUUUGGGACAUUUGUGGGACAUUAAAUGUAUCAUAUAUGCAAGAAUUGUACAUACAGAGAAUAUAUUUUUAUAAACACUUAAAAAGAAAAGAGAAGCAAAAAUGUCACAUAUGUAAAUAGAGAUCUUUAAGCAUGCUUAUUAUUUAAAUAGGCCUCAGAAAGUGUUCAGGUUGAAGCCAGGUGACCCAAAAUAUAUCAAGUUGACAUCAGUGUAUGGAAAUAUUUGAAUGCAAUAAUAA